AUGAAGCUCGUUCUUCUGGCUUUGACUGUUACCCUGCCACUGGCACAGGUCGCGAAAGUCAAGAAGUGUUGGGGUCAGUUGGGAAGUUGCAGAAUCAUGUGUAAAGAGAGCGAAGUAUUCUACAUAUUAUGCAAUGCUGAGACUAAGUGCUGUGUGAAUCCAAAGCACGUGCCGGUCAACACUAAACCCUCAAACUCAACUGAAAGCCUGAGAUAA